UACUGCAAUAUCGCAUUUGCGAAGUUACCUCUCGGCUUAUCUCGACUGAGAUUAAAAGUAUACAGCCUCUACCAUAUUCCGGAGCACGUUAUGAAUUCGUGGUACUCACGAAAACAUCGCGACCGUGUGACGUGACUCGUACGAGCUUGCACGAAAUUAGGUUAGAUUUCAUUGUGAUUCGAAGAACGAUAAUUGGCAAUGGCUAAUAAACAGUACGGCCUGAUCUUACCGAAGAAGCAACAACAAAGCACAGCGCCGAGACUCGGCAAUGUUUUCGGGGACGACAAUGCCUCCGACGAGGACGAUAGCACCGACUGGGUCAGAAAGGCUCUCAAGGCGGAAGGCGAGAAGAACCGGAUGAAAAGACAAACAAAGCUCAACAUCCAGAAGGCUCUGAAUGAAGAUCCGACGAUCUAUCAGUAUGACGAGGUAUACGAUGAUCUGGAGCGCGGCAAGGGCCAGGUAGACGGCACGAGCAAGCAGAAGGAGAAAAAGUCCAAGUACAUACAGAAGCUCCUGAAAACAGCUGAGCGAAGGAAAAAGGAACACGAGUAUAGAAUAGAGAGAAUGGUGCAGAAGGAACGCGAAGCUGAGGGUGAGAUGUACGCGGACAAAGAGAGUUUCGUCACGUCUGCGUACAGAACAAAGUUGGAGGAGUUUAAGAAGAUGGAGGAAGAAGAAGCUAAAAUGAAUAGAUUGGAAGCUAUUGGUGAUGUGACAAAGCAGCAAGACAUGUCAGGAUUUUACCAUCAUCUGUACAAACAGACUGUUGAUUACAAGGGUGAAGUUAAUGAAGAUGAGAGCGGUGAAGCAACAAAAAGUUAUGAGCAGAGGGAAACGUCAACAAGCAGCACAAAUGGAGAAAGUGCAACAACGAACAAGAGAGCGAACAAAACAGAGGAAAAACAAAAAGCAGUUACAAAAACUAAAAAAUCGAGGCAAUAUCGACAGAGAGUCAUAGAAAUGUAUGAAUCUGAUUCUGAAACAGAGAUGAGUAAAAAAGAGUUGAGGAAAGAUGAUAUUGUCGUUUCACCAGUGGACAAAGAAAUCGAUAGAGUAGAGUUGCAAGAACCAGAAGAAAAGAAACAAAAAUUCGAUAAAAAUGAUAUGAACACGUCUGAAAAUGUUACAAACACCAAAAAUAAAGAUGAACAGGUAAAAGAUAUCAAAAUACCUCAAAAUGACAAUGUUAUUCCAGAAAGCGAGAAAAUUGAGGAUAAAGAAAAGCCUAUUGAAAAGAAAGAUAGAUCUUCCAUCUGGGAAAAGAGAACAGUAGGUCCAGUAUUCGAAGCAGCAUUACAAAAAUAUUAUGUGAGAAAAGCAAAGAGACUGACCGAAGCAAAUUAAACGUAAUUAUAAUUAUUUCAAGUUAAUUUUUUAUAUAACAUCCGUUUCACUU